CGCGGGACUAUCAGAGAGACGUUGUCCAGCCGAAUCGCUCGCACCAUCUACCGAUCAGGACCGGAGAGAUGAUGAAUUGUACUCAUCGUCGAACUCUGGAGUGGAAGAAGUUCAAGAUCGAAGCAACAUAUUGACGCGGUCGCCAGCCGCAGCUGACGAAGACUUCGAGGCGUGCUGCAUCAUGGAUGAAGUAGGCCACCUUGGUGAAAGAUUGGCCGGGACGAAGAUAUUAGAGCCUCUUCGGGAGCUGUACCGAUAUCAACCUCUUCAGGGACAAGAUGCCAUCAGAAUGGUCGAGCUACUCCCCGGCAUCCCAGGAGACCCAAUCCGGGUUGCGCUGCAUCACAGAACUCUGUCAGACUUGCCAACCUCCUCAGCGGUCUCCUAUGAGUGGGGAUCCAAUGUCCGCGAACAUGUGAUAUUCUGCGAUGAUCGAGUCCUAAAGGUCACCGCCAACCUAUCACUCCUGCUUUCAAAAUGCAGGAGUUUAGAUUCAAGUCAACUCCUAUGGAUCGAUGCUAUUUCCAUCAACCAGGAGGAUCUGGACGAACGAUCUCAACAAGUACAGCUUAUGGGGAAGAUAUACAAAAACGCUGCUGUGGUACUGAUGUGGAUUGGCGACCAAACGCCGUACACUGGGGAUACCAUCCCAAUAUUUCGACAUCUUGCAGAACUGUUACAUACUUUCAAGUUGAAACCCGGGAGGACUGAACUUGACCUCGAUCCCUAUGCAAGAGAGCAAGAUCUAGACUCGUUCGCUAAAGAAUAUCUUCGGAAUAUCCGACAAAGUCCUUGGGCUGGCAUGGCCGACCUUCUCUCCCGGGAUUAUUUCGACCGGCUUUGGGUUAUUCAAGAGAUUGUAUUAUCUUCGAAGGCAGUGGUAGUCUGUGGAAACCACCAAAUUGAAUGGAAGGUUUUCUACGAGACCGCAAUGUGCCUGAUUAUCCUUGGCUCGAAACCCCUACCAAAUGUCGUCCUCCCUGUCACUAACGGGUUCUUUGGCCGCGUGCUUGGUAUCAACUUAUUAGGUGUGUUGAACUUUCACCGAGUCAAUUUCUCCUUGCUUGAUAUAGUCCGAUGUUUCCCAGCCUCCAAAGUCACAGAUCCAAGAGACUAUGUCUACGGCUACCUUGGGAUCUUGGAUAGCCAUUCAGUACAGCAUGAAAUACACGUGGAUUAUUCUAGCACAGUGGAGGAAGUAUUCCGGAAGGCUACCGAGAGUGUUAUCAUCGAGGAGAAGGGUUUGGACUACUUUUCAGACCAAACUGUUGACCCCAAUUCUAGACUAAGAGCUGCAAUGCCAUCUUGGGUUCGAGAUUGGGGCUUCCAGCAGCAAAAAUUUCGGACUCGUUCUGUUCCUGAGGUGGCGGAGCGAUUGGGCGCGAAACAAACUGUAUUCGUGGAUGGUAAUUACUUAACAGCGCAUGGCCUGAUCAUUGACUCAACCGAGGAAGUCUCAGAUAAUUUACGGGAGGGAAACCUAAAACAAAUUAUUCUUGGAACCUUCAUUAAUCUCCUUUCUGGGCUCAGCGAAAUGACAACUGCAGACGUAUCAAUGGCUGCACGAAAAACACUUCAAUGUUUUGACGCUCUUGCACAAACGAGGCCCAAUCCGAUCAGUGAGAAAAGCUUUUUCGCCUUGCUAGCUUCCAUUCACUUAGAAUUGUUAGUAGAUUUGGGCCUGGGCCCCUGGGCUUCGAGCCAGAAUCCGAUAGUGGGAACCUGGCGGACGACAAAGCGCUCGCUUCGAAGUCUGAAGUCUGAUGAGUUCGGGGAAAAUACAAACAUCAUACGUCUUGCACAAAAGAACGUUCUUCUGCAGUGGUCGACUGAGCAAAGCAUUUGUGCUGGGGACUUGGGGUUGGAGUAUUGUGCUGCUGGACUAGCCCAUCGACUGUUCCUAGAUGACAGGUCGCUAGGGGUGAACAUGUUCAGGGGCACUAAAGGGUUUCGUGGACACGGUCCAGCUGGACGGAACGCCUGUGUAGAUGACCCGCCAGUGGUUCAAAUAGGGGAUCACAUUGCUCUGUUUCCCACCCUCGAUCUCCCAGUGAUCCUCCGGGAAGGUGAUUGUGAAGGGGUUUACACACUCAUUGGCACAGCACACGUGGGAAACCUCACAGAAAUUCCGUGGUAUGAAGGGGAAACACCAAGUCUUGUUCCGAUUCGAAUCAAUUGAGUAUGCGGAUUUGAGUGGGACAUCGGAGCGGGAACUCGAGAAGUGAGUGAUGCACCAAGGUACAGUACUUGCUUCCACUGAAUUAUCAAGCCUGUGGUGACAGGAAGAAUACAGAAAGGCAGUUUAAUGUUACAUAUCUCACGCUUCACUUGAGGUAUUCUUUCAAGCAGGGUUUUAUUCAACGGCGUUCGGAUGUCAAAUGUCCAACUAGCCAUUAUACUAAUUCUGGGAGUUAUAAAGCUUAUCUCUACUAAUACUGGGAGCUUACUUAACCUUAUAGGCUAGAGGCACCCAGUCGCGCGCCAAAGGCACGCGACUACGUGCAGAGCGUAUUCACGUGCAAAGCAUAUUCAUAUUCGGAACACACUUAUAUUUAGAGCAUAUUUAUAAGUAUAGAAAAUAAAGCUAUUUGCAAGGCUUGGC